GUCUAUAUGUGCACAUGUCUCGGCUCGUGUAUGGAACUGGCGAUCGUCAGCGGAUUCCUCGUAUUUUUGCCCAAAUAUUUGGAAACUCAGUUCAGUUUAGGCAAAUCGGAGGCCAAUCUGUUUGCCGGCGGUAUCGCAGUUCCCGGCGCUUGUGUUGGCAUCUUCUUAGGCGGCUAUCUAUUGAAACGGUUCCAAAUGAAGCCAAAGGGUGCCAUUCAAUUCGUACUGUUCUUCAACUUAGUCUGUAUGGGUCUCUAUACUGCCCUCUACUUCCUGGGCUGCGAUAACGUACGAAUGGCCGGCACUACACUUCCCUACUCUAACAAUACUCGGUUUGACGCGUUUCAAGUGAACCUAACAGCGGAGUGCAAUAUGGGCUGCCGGUGCUCUCCCAACGAGUUGGAGCCCGUCUGUGAUACACAGAAUAAGAUU